UCGUACGCCGUGUUUUUUAGUCGCUCCGCCUACAGAAAAGUGAAGUGAAAUAAUAUAAAAUAAAAUAAAAGCCAAAUCAAAAUAGUAACACUAAUUCCGCUGCUAUUAUCAGUCUCUUAUCAGAGCAGGGGCUACGCCUGUGUGCUUGUGCGCUUGUAUGCUUGUGCGCUUGUCUGUUGGUUCCUUUUUGGGAUUUUGCGAGUGCUGAAUAAUCGAUGGGCUUAGCCGGAGAGAGAGAUUCCAGCGAAAGAUUCCAUGUUUAACUCAUGCAAUGCCUGGGAAAAUUGCGACUUUUCCUGUCCGGCGAGAGCACUUUCACCUCCUCCUUCUAUGGCGAGGACUCUUUCUUCGACUGCGAUCUGAAGCCCCAAGUCCCAGCAGUCCAGCAGUUGGCCACAGUCGGGAAUGGCUCUGUGUACGGCCGCCUGCCGAUCAAUGAGCCCGCCGUGAACUUCAGCAAUGGCGGUUUCUAUAAUUUAGCAGACCCUUCGAGGCAGCCCUCGCAGCAGUUGCCCCCGCAGCGUCCCUUUGUGGGUGCCUUGCUCGGUCCCAGUGGAGGGGCUGCCGCUCCACUGCGCUACCAUCCGUACCAGCAGCAGCAGGAUGCCUUCCACCAGCAGCGGGGCAGCCUGCUGAACGUCUCCACGCCCUGCCGCGAGAGCCGCCCAUGGAGCUACGCCUACUGCUAUGGCUACACUCCCACGAACACCCAGCCCUGCCAGUUCUCGCAGUUUGUGGAUAUCGAGGAUUUUAUGAACAAUGAGAAGCGCAAGGAGAAGUCCCGCGACGCGGCCCGUUGUCGUCGCUCCAAGGAGACGGAGAUCUUUAUGGAACUCUCGCAAGUCCUGCCCCUGAAGAACGACGACGUGAAUCAGCUGGACAAGGCCUCCGUGAUGCGCAUCACAAUCGCCUUUCUGAAGAUACGCGAAAUGCUGCAGUUUGUGCCUCCUUUGCGCGACUGCAAAGAGCAUCAAACGGGAAUCAAGCGGGACGUUGAUGAGCAUGAGGUGAAGCCCAAGCUGGAGAUGAGCGGCGAGGAGUGGCUCAAUGGCACCACGGAGGCCAGCCAUCUGCUGAAGGAGACCAUGGACGGGUUCCUGCUGGUGCUGUCCCACGAGGGCGACUUCACCUACGUCUCCGAGAACGUAGUCGAGUACUUGGGCAUCACAAAGAUUGACACUCUUGGCCAGCCGAUCUGGGAGUACUCGCAUCAGUGCGACCACGCGGAAAUCAAGGAGGCGCUCAGCCAGAAGCGGCACGGCACCCCAGUGAAGGACGAGCAGCAGCUCGAGUCUGGGUCUGGGUCUGGCGUGAGCACCUAUCACCGGGAUCUGUUUGUGCGCUUGAAGUGCACUUUGACCAGCCGCGGGCGCAGCAUCAACAUCAAGAGUGCCUCCUACAAGGUCAUUCAUAUCACGGGACACUUGGUGGUCAAUGGCAAGGGCGAGCGUGUGCUCAUAGCCAUCGGGAGACCCAUUCCGCAUCCCUCGAACAUCGAGAUACCCCUGGGCACCAGCACCUUCCUCACCAAGCACUCGCUGGACAUGCGUUUCACCUACGUGGAUGACAAGAUGCUUGGCCUGCUGGGGUAUGCGCCCAACGAUCUUUUGGACACUUCGCUGUUUGUCUGCCAGCAUGGAGCCGAUUCUGAACGCCUCAUGGCCACCUUUAAGAGCGUGCUGAGCAAGGGACAGGGAGAGACCUGUCGGUACCGCUUCUUGGGAAAAUGCGGAGGCUACUGCUGGAUCGUCAGUCAGGCCACAAUCGUCUAUGACAAGCAGAAGCCCCAGAGCGUCGUCUGCGUGAACUACGUCAUAAGUAAUCUUGAGAACAAACAUGAGAUUUACUCACUCGCUCAGCAAACGGCGGCAAGUGAGCAAAAGGAACAACCACAGCAGCAACAAGCAGCAUCUGACAUCGACAACAGCAACAAAAACACAGAAAAAACAACAGCACACAAGGAAACAUCAAUCUGCGAAACAGCAAAGGCAAUCGAAGCUCCAAUAGAGCUUGAGGAGAAGCCCCAAGCAGUUGAGAGCAAGGAAACAACGACGGAAAUCAACAACAAUCCAGAGCCAGAGCUGUUGGACACAAACCCACCAACAACCACAACAAGUGAAAUAACAUCCGCUAAACCACCUAACCACCAACAACAACUGCAGGCAGAACUCCAAAUCAAGCGGGAGAACCACUCUCCGGGUCCCCGCACCAUCACAGCACAGCUGAUCAGCAGCACCAACAACAACUGCAGCAGCCUGCGGAUCGAGGAGAAGCGCCCCAAGUCGGUGACUGCUUCGGUGUUCCGACCCAGUCCUGCGCCUGCCUUAACGCCACCACCCACAUCCCCAGCAGUAGGAGCAGGAUUCAAGAAAACAGCAGAACCAACUCUGCCCCCGACAACAACCGCAACGGCAGCGAUUCUCUCGUCGAGCAAUCAGCAGCAGAAUCCACAGCAGAAUCUGCAAGCGACUCAAGAUAUGAGUAAGGGAUUCCUAUCAUUCGCUGACGAUGGACGAGGCCUAACAAUGCUUAAGGAGGAACCCGACGACCUGUCCCACCAUUUGGCCUCGACCGCCUGCAUCCAGCUGGACGAGAUGACGCCCUUUAGCGACAUGCUGGUGGGCCUCAUGAGCUCCUGCCUGCUGCCGGACGAAAUCAACUCCCUGGACUCGACCACCUGCUCGACGACGACCAGCGUGGCGCCCCACUACCAGAGCAGCAGCCACAGCGGCAGCCAAAGCAGCAGCUACGCCAGCAGUCCCCUCAGUCCGCUUACGCCCACAGGAGUGGCGACCACAGCAGGAUCGAAUGGGAGCCACAGCAGCAGCACUCCCAGCAUCCACAGCAACAACCAGCAUCACGACAAUAGCAACAGCAGCAGCAGCAACAUAGAUCCGCUGUUCAACUAUCGCGAGGAGUCGAACGACACGAGCUGCUCCCAACAUCUCCAUUCGCCCAGCAUCACAUCGAAGAGUCCCGAGGACAGCAGUCUGCCAUCGCUAUGCAGCCCCAGCUCGCUGACCCAGGAGGAUGACUUCUCGUUCGUGGACUUUGAGAUGCGUGCCCCCUACAUCCCGAUGGGCGAUGACAUGCCCCUGCUCACGGAGACGGACCUCAUGUGGUGUCCGCCCGAGGAUAUGCACGGAUCCAUGCCCAAGGAGAUCGAUGCCAUUCAGCAGCAGUUGCAGCAGCUCCAACAGCAGCAGCACCACCACCAGCAGCAACAGGCGUACAGCCAGUACAACCAGCAACAGCAGCAACAGCAGCAGCAGCAUCAACAGCAGCAGCAGCAGCAGCAGCAUUUCUCCAACUCCUUGUGCUCGUCACCCGCUUCGACAGUCUCCUCACUGUCGCCAUCGCCAGUGCAGCAGCAGCAACAGCAGCAGCAUGCCGGAGGAGUCUUCACCACCGAUUCGAGUGAACUGGCAGCCCUGCUCUGUGGCACGGGCAAUGGAACGCUCUCCAUCCUAGAAGGGAGUGGAGGAUCCGCCGCGGAGGAAUGCUCCGAACGUCUUCAGCAGCAGCAGCAGCAGGCCACCAGCGACUUUCGCAGUUUCCAGCAAUUGCAGCAGGAGUUGCAAUUGCAGGAGGAACAGCAGCAGCAGGAUCAGCAACGUCAGCACCAGCAGCAGCAGCAGCAAAUGAUCAGCCUCAGCAUCGAGUGCAAAAAGGAAAAGUACGAGGUGCCGAUGGCCCCCAGCUUGACUCAUUCCAUCGAGGAUGCAUUUGAGAAUGACUACAGCAAGGAUUCCUCCAAUCUGGACUGCUGGGACCUGCUGCAGAUGAACGUGGCGGAGGCCGCCGUUAGUCCGGCCGCCUCGCCCUCCCCCUGCAAGGUGACGACCAUCCAGCUGCUGCAGCACCAACAGCAUCAGCUGCAGCAGCAGCAGAACAUCAUAUUGAAUGCUGUGCCAUUGAUAACCAUUCAGAACAACAAGAGCAUCCUGCACCAGCAGCAGCAGCAGGAGCAGCUUCAGGAGCUAAUGCUGACCGCCAAGCAGCAGGCACCCGCCGCCACCAUGAAGCUGCUGAAUGGAGCGAGCAUUGCGCCAGUGACCACGAAGGCAACCAUUCGCCUGGUGGAGAGCAAGCCGCAACAGACAACGACGCAGCAGCAGCAGCAGCAGCAGCGCCUCGGAAAGGCAGCUAUGCUGCAGACCCUCGUUCCCCAGCAGCAGCAGCAGCACGGGAACAAGCGGCACCUCAACAGCCAAGCGAGCCAGGGGAACCAAGUGGAAUCAAAGCGAUUGAAGAGCGGCACCCUCUGCCUGGACGUGCAGUCGCCGCAGCUGCUGCAGCAGCUGAUCGGCAAGGAUUCGGCCCAGCAGCAGACGCUGGCGGCCAAGAGGGCAGCCGGCGAGCGCUGGCAGCAGACGGCGGAGGGCAAACAGCAGCAGAAGCUCCAGCAGCAGUCGAACUCGGUGCUGAAGAACCUUCUCGUCAGCGGACGUGAUGUUAACGAGCCCGAAGACGUAUCCGAGCCGAUGAUUAUAGAUGACAAUUGCCUGGAUCAGACCGGACCGAAAUUGGCCCCAAUGGGCUGCUACGGCAAGUACGGAUUACCUCUGCACUGCCACACCUCCACAUCGGCCGUGCUCCGUAACUAUCACCACAACCCGCUGAUUAGCGGCACCAACUUCCAGCUGUCGCCGGUCUUCAGCGGCUCUGACGCGGGCGGGGGUGAUGGCGAUGCCGGGUCAGUGGUUUCCCUGGACGACUCCGUGCCACCAGGCCUGACGGCCUGCGACACAGAUGCCUCCAGCGAUAGCGGCAUCGACGAGAACAGCCUCGUCGAGGGAGCGUCUGCAUCACCACGCAAGAGGGUGCUCAUCAGCAACAGCGAGACUGGCACUGGGCUGGGGGAGACUGCAUCUCCGCCUCUCGAUGUGGUUCCACAGCAGCAACAGGUGGGCGAGGAGGAGGCCGAAGGAUGCCCCAAUGGCAGCAGCGCCCCCAGCAGGAAGACCUCGAUUUCGUUCCUGGACAACAGCAAUCCCCUGCUGCAUACCCCGGCCAUGAUGGACCUUUGUAACGACGACUACAUCAUGAGCGAGGGCGGCUUCGAGUUCAGCGAGAGUCAGUUGGAGCAGGUGCUCGGCUGGUCGGAGAUCGCCUAGGGUGUUGGAGGUGGAAGAAAAACGCCCAGUUUAUCAUGCACCUUAUGCAUGUGUGUUUGCGUGCAGGAUGGGGAAAUGAAAUCGUUGAAAUUAAAGUGAGAAUCAAAGAGGAAGUAAACCAAAAGAUUGAUUUUGAGCCUUGCGGGAAAAUAAAAAUUACAGCCAACUCCCCCGACCCGCGGCCUGCGUCCCCCGACCCACGACCCUUGACCCCUGACCUCCCCAAUCCCUAUCGCAACCCACCCGAGAGCAGACCCCUAGCUAACCGAAACACAAACAGGAAGGGUUAACCAUAUUUGAAUAGUUUUGUAGCCACGUUAACUGCCUAGUACGGAAGAAUAUACAUGUAUGUAAUUUAGUCUUAAUGUUUUUCUAUAUGCAAACAGUCUACACAAAUAAAUAGAAGAAGGAGGCAAAUUUCAAAACAGAAAAAGCAAACAAGAAUAUAUCUUGGAUAAAAAUGUUCACAGUUUUUGCUGAGAAGGCUCGAAGACGUUUUUGGUGAUGGUUGUACUCGUUGUUAUGACUUUCAAGUGCAAAAGAUGUGACGAAAAAAAAAGUUUUUAAAUACGUUUUACAAAAGAGAAAAAAAAUUAAAAAAAAAAAAACAAUACAUGUAAUUAGCAAUGUAAGUCCGAAUUUUCAACAUUUUCAAGUGCUACCGACAAACUUGUAGCGGAAACAUUUAAACUAAAUUAAUUUUAACUAAGCAAAUGCCUAUCGUAUCGUAUCCAAUUUCUUUGAUCUUAACUGCAGGUUAUAUUUUGUGCAUUUGUAUCAAUUAAAUCUUUUGUGUCGAUCAAUUUCAAUAAUUUUUCAAAUUUGUUUUCCCGUUCAUCCCGGUUCUUUAUGUAAAUUAGUUUUAGUUCUGUUUAAGGCGCAGCAUUCACAAGAAAUACAUUUAGUUAAGAUUUUCAAGUCUUUCGACGCUUUCAAACUGUUUAUUUCAAAUAUUGUAUUUUCCAAAUAAAUAUAGAAUUCAUUUUGAUUAAA